AUGGCCCCUCCUCGCAAGUCCAAGUCCAGCUUCUGGCCAAACUUCAUCUAUGAUGCUUGGUUAUGGACCUUCUCCGUCCUUGUCGACCUCUUCUUCCGCGAAGUCCACCCUCGCAGUUCUUGGAAGGUUCCUCGCAAUGGACCCGUCAUUAUCGUCGCAGCUCCUCACGCCAAUCAAUUCGUCGACCCAUUGAUCCUUAUGCGCGUCCUGCGUAUGGACGCCUACCGUCGUGUUUGCUGGCUUAUCGCAGAGAAGUCCAUGAAGAGAAGGUUUAUUGGCUGGGGUGCUCGUAUGGUCGGCUCAGUACCUGUUGGCCGUGCCUUGGACUCGAAAAAGCCGGUCGAGGGAAGAAUAUACCUGCCCGAUCCUAAGGAUGAUCCAACACUGGUCAAGGGAAUUGACACCGACUUUGGGAACAAGGACAUCUACAUGGUUGGAGGAUUGCUUGCAUUGCCGAGCUUUAAGAACAAGUUUGCAAACACCGAGAUCAAGGAAAUUCUGGGCCCGAAUGAGAUCCGUCUGAAGAAGCCAUUCAGCGGUAAUGUCGCUUUGCGCCAGUUGACUGGCCAGGAAGUCAAGGAUGAAAAGGCAGAGGCCAAGUUGACGGAAGGUUUCGAGGGCACAGAGUUCGAGGUUGCUCCUCAUGUUGAUCAGGGCGAAGUCUACUCUUCUGUGUUUAAGAAACUGCACGAGGGUGGCUGCAUUGGUAUCUUCCCCGAAGGAGGUAGUCACGACAGAACAGAGCUUUUGCCGCUGAAAGCUGGUGUCGCCAUCAUGGCUCUUGGUGCUCUUGCAGAAGACCCGAAUUGCGGUGUCAAGAUUGUGCCUUGCGGCAUGAACUAUUUCCACGCUCACAAGUUCCGUUCGAGAGCCGUUGUCGAAUUUGGGACUCCUGUUGAGAUCCCCAACGAGCUGGUCGAGAUGUACAAGAAUGGUCAGAAGCGUGAAGCUGUCGGCCAAGUCUUGGAGACUGUCUACCAAGCUCUUGUCUCGGUCACUGUCACAAGCCCUGAUUACGAUACUCUCAUGCUCAUUCAGGCAGUCAGACGCUUGUACAACCCCAAAGGAAAGAAGCUCCCUCUACCCAUGAUCGUUGAGUUAAACAGACGUCUCGUAAAGGGCUACACCACCUACAAGGACGAUCCUCGUAUUGUCAACCUGAAAAAGUCUAUCCUGGCAUACAACAAGGAGUUGAUGAUGCUAAACAUUCGAGAUCACCAAGUUAGCUACGCCAAGUUCUCAAUCUUCAAGGUCCUCCUCACACUGUUCUACCGUCUCGGUAAAUUAUUGGUUCUGGCUAUUGCAGUUCUUCCUGGUCUGGUUCUCUUUGCUCCCGUUUUCAUCACCGGCAAGGUCUACUCAAUCAAGAAGUCUCGUGAAGCCUUGGCAGCAUCUACAGUCAAGAUCCAAGGUCGCGAUGUCAUGGCUACUUGGAAAUUGCUUGUCUCCUUGGUUGUCGCACCUCUUCUCUACAAUUUCUACAACAUCAUUCUGGCCAUCUGGACUCACUAUAACCGCAUUGGAGGUCGCGUACCGAAUUGGGUUCCUCUAUGGGCUGUAUUCGCUUUUGGCUACAUCCUCUUCCCAGCCAUCACGUUCGCCGCUCUCAGAUUCGGUGAAGUUGGCAUGGAUAUCGCCAAGUCAUUACGCCCCUUGAUCCUCUCUUUGGGACCUUCAUCUGGAAACACUCUUGUCAAGCUGAGAGCCAAGCGCGCUUCAUUGGUGGAACAAGUGACCGAAGUCAUCAACGAGCUUGGACCUGAGCUAUACCCAGACUUCGAUCACCAACGCAUCGUUUCAGACCCCAGCCACCCUCUCUCACCCUCAUAUUCUCAACCUCAAACACCUCGCUCACGUCGCAGCUCCGAAUACGACCGCAUGUCCAUGACAUCUCCCGAUCUAACAAGCUAUUUCAGCCGCACAGGCACAGCAGGCGCAAGCAUCGGCGGCGGCAGCGGACAAAACACCACGCAUCUUCCUAGAAACGAGUCGUUCGGUAACAUCGGCGGCUUCGGCUUCUUCUCAUCGCGACCUCACACACCCAAUCGCUCUCGCAGCCGUAACCGCAGUCGCACAAGCAGUGAUGGCGGUAUGGGCUUCACAGCCAUGAAACCCAUGACCACCAUCGACUCCAAAGGCGGCUACGAAGAAGUCACCGAAAAGAUCAGGGAUGCGAUGAAGCAGCGUGGACGCAGGAGAAGAAGUGAAGAUGCCUCUGCUGUUGAUAAUGGAUGGGAGAUGGCUGAUGCGGAUGAAGAGGUUGAGGAUGAGGAUAAAAAGGUCGUUUGA